CCAACAACUUGCUCACUUUGUUGUUCAUCGGUUCGGUGAAUGGGAAUUGAAAUUCAUCAGUCAAUUAUCGAAUCAGAAAGCGCGAAUAAAAUUAUGUACAACCAAACAAGCCUGGGGUAUUAAAAAGUUGUGUUCUUUCCCCUUCGCAAACAAGUCCAAGGUCUUCUACCCUUCCUCUCCUCGCCCGUGCUUUUCAACCGUCCACCGAAUUGAGGAUUUACUGUCAGCCUCCGAUAAUUGAAAACAAAACAAACCAUUUAAGAAUACCUGGUUACGCACGACCUUUCCGAAAAGCUCCGCGACUUUGUAAUUAUUCGGAUCCUCGAAGCGACACGCGCCGACAACCAUCAACGCAGACAGCGAACAUCAACGAAAAUGGUUUCAGCAACUCUCCUCCUCACAGCGGCCAUCGCGCCUCUCGCUUCCGCGCACUUUAACCUCGAAUACCCCGUCUGGCGCGCCAACACCCUGGAGUCCGGCACCAACUACUCCCAAUGGAACUACCCUUGCGCCGGCGUCCCCCCCGCCACCUCCACCUCCGGUAACCGCACCGACUGGCCCCUUAAAGGCGGCAGCGUCAAGCUCGAUCUGCACCACCCGUGGGAGUACCUGUUCAUCAACCUCGGUCUGGGCGUCAACGUGACCAACUUCAACUACACCCUCACCGGCCCCACGUUCUGGAACGUAUCGGGAGCGGGUACGCUCUGCGUUGACUUGCCGCUUCCCAAGGGCUUGACUAUGUCGGAUGGCCAGGAGGGAAGUAUCCAGGUUGUCACGGUGGGGGCGAGUGGCAGUGCCUUGUAUAACUGCGCCGAUAUCACAUUCCGCGCCAACGCCACGACGCUGUCGAAGGAUGAGUGUAAGACUGAUGAUAAGGUGUCGUUUGUUCAGGUCAAGGGGCCGAGCGGCAAUAGCACCGAAGGCGGCGAGAGCGCAGACGGCAAGAAGAGCGGUGCUUCGCUCGCUGGGUUGAACAAGGUCGCUCUCACAGCUGUUGUGGGUAUGACUUUGAGCUUUGUGACUGGUAUGGUGCUAUAAACGGGGAACGGGGAUCGGUUUUUUUGUUGAUGAUGCCACGGAAAUUGCGAGCUUGAGUUUGAAAAUACAAGAUUCUGAUACUACCGGGUGUGAGCAACGCUUCCAUGAGUUUGUGACCCAAGAA